CCUUUGCGCACGCAGCUCGCGCAGGUGACGUCUGCCUGGGUAGAAGAUGUCUCGGCACGCGGGCCGGUCGGAUGCGGACACCGACAGCGAACUCGGUGAGCGGUGUAGUGUCAGCUCCAGCUCGCCAGAACGGGAGCCCGGGGCGGGCCGAAAGUCCAGGAAGCAGCGCCUUCUCGGCUACUUUAAGAAGAAGGCGAAGCCGCGAUGGCCGUUCCUGGCCGAGAAGCAGAAAUCUCAGGGAACCAGCACGAAGCUGAAGCGCGACCCGAGACUGACGUGCAGCCAGCCCGACAUCGCGCACCAGGGCUACGACUCGCCGCUCCGGCGGCCCUCCCUCGCCCCUGCCGCCGCCAACGGGCGGGUCCGCGGCCCGACAAGGCCCGACAGCGGCCAGAACGGACAGGACUGCGCCUUCGCAGAGGUUCUGCCUAAGGAAGACGCGACAACAAGCCGAGAACAACAGGACGGGGCUACGGGGUACUCACCCUCGCAUGAGGGCUCCACUUCCGGGUACAACCACCGGCAGCAACACACGGUUGGUGAGCGGGACAGUCGGGGUCAGGCAGACGACUUAGCGACUCUCUCCUACCUCGAAACAGAAAUUGGGCCUCCAGAAAAAGAGCAUCUGUCUGAUUCAAGAGUACAGAGAGACACGGGAUCAGAAAUCAUGAAAAGGUCCGAUAUCAGACCUUCAUAG